AUGGCCGACGUGAAGAAGAAGCAGUUGGUGUACAACAUAAUCGAAUUCCUCCGAACAUCUGAGCAGGACGGAACAAUUAAAGAGGAUGACAAGGAGUCUCUCGAGGUAGCCAUACAAUGCAUAGCCGAGGCGUUCGAAGUGGAUCCCGAAUCCGAAUCUGACAAGUCUCAAUAUUCCAUCGCUCCCGCCUCGCUGCUAUCUAUCCUAGAUGUGUUCCUCAAGACUCGAGCUAAGACGGGUGCGGGCCAGUCUCAACCAGGAGCCUCUGCAUCAUCUAGCAGCAGUACUGGCGCCAACACUGGCAGGUCUUCCAGCGGAGAACCUUCCGAAGCCGAUCGGAAAAAGGCUGAAGAGUUAAAGACAAAGGGCAACGCAUUGAUGGGUCAAAAGCUUUACGAUUCAGCUAUUGAGCAGUACACUCAAGCCAUCAAGUUGGAUCCUAAUCCUGUCUAUUACUCGAACCGCGCGGCAGCUUGGGGCGGAUUGGGUGAACAUGAAAAGGCAGUCGAUGAUGCCGAGAGGGCCUUGUCCUUGGAUCCCAAAUUCGCCAAGGCUUAUUCUAGAUUGGGACACGCACAGUUCUCGCUUGGCGAAUACAGCGCGGCCAUUGAAGCUUAUGAAUCUGGGCUCAAAUUGGAUCCGUCAAAUGCCAACAUGAAGACUGCGUUGUCCACUGCCAAAGCUAGGUACGCAGAGCAAGGAGGAUCGGACGAGGGGGAUCUCGAUGCUGGUGUUGGAUCUGGCGGAGGGGCACGUGCUGGUGCUGGUGCUGGUGGUAUGCCAGAUUUGAGUUCACUAGCCAGUAUGCUCGGAGGAGCUGGUGGGGGAGCCGGAGGAAUGCCGGAUAUCGCAUCAAUGAUGCGGAAUCCUCAGAUGAUGGCCAUGGCCCAACAGAUGAUGGCGAAUGGAGGUCUUGAACGGCUCAUGGCGAAUCCUCAAAUGAGACAGAUGGCCGAGAGAUAUCAAUCUGGAGGUGGAAUGCCAAGCAUGUCAGAGCUGGCCAAUGAUCCGAGCUUGAGAGAGAUGGCUCAGCAAUUCAUGGGUGGACGUGGAGGACCACCUCCUGGGAACGUAUGA